AUGUCACUUUUAAAUACCAUACAACCGAUAUUGAUGCCAGUACCUGGUGCUGGUCCCCUGGGGCCAUUUGUUCCUGCACCUCCAAAGAUAGUGAUGCAUAUGCUGAGAGAGCAAGGGCAACCUCCUCCGUUUGAACCAAAUGGCGCACCACAUGGCAGCACAGGAAUGCUCGAGUCAAUGAUGGGUGGUUCCGCACUGAUUAUAGCUAUGCCUCCGAAUUUCCGCCAUGACCAUCGCCGUCUUAGAAGUUAUAACGACCUCGAUGCCCCUGAUGAGGAAGUUACUGUCCUUGACUACAGAAGCUUGUAGGGUCCAGCAUCCAUUGGAGAUUUGGGCUGUUUCCUCUUUAUAUGAAGGG